CGAAUAGCUAGAUUUCAUCAGCGGGAUCUUUGCUCGAUUUAGGCAUACUUAUCACACUUAGUCGCUCUCGGGUGAGCCCUCUUCUACACUUUCAACGUGCUCGAUAUCGAUGAGCUUUUCCGUAAGGCGUUCUGUUGGAGUCCUCUUAAUCUCUUGGAGACCGUAGAAGAUGGUAUGAGAAUCGAGGAAUAUGUUCUCAAUGUCUUCAAGGGUUCUCUUGGAGGUUUCAGGAUAGAAGACAAAAAAGUGAAUAGUUGCAACAGCGUUCGUCAAGGUGAAGACAAUGUAUGUCUUCCAAGCCAGAUUUUGAGUCAUGAUCGGAGUGAUCAUCGCAAUCACAAAAUUGCAAAUCCAAUUCGUUGCGACACUGAUUGCAUUACCUUUGGCACGAAGUUGCAAUGGCAGCACCUCAGCAGCAUAAACCCAUGGAACACAGUUCAUAGCAUAGCCAAAGAACCCAAUAAACGUGAAGAAGAAUGCAGUUGCGGCGACUGACGAUUCUUUGGUACCAACACGCAAAAGGAUAGUGACGAGAAGCAUUGAAAUACAUUGUCCAGCGGAACCGGAUGCCAUGGCAAAACGUCUUCCCAUCUUAUCCAAAAACAGCGUAGGGAUAAAUCCGGUUGCGAAAAAGGUCAGCAUAAUGCAACCACCCAGAAUUGUCGCGAGGUUUGAACUUAGUCCAACGUUAUUCUCUAACACCAUUGGCACAUAGUAAACCACCAAGUUGAUGCCUCCGAACUGGUUCCAGAACUGACCAAAUACAGUAAGCAUGAUUCUAAACCGGCCGUGCAUGGCAUCUCUGCCCAUAAGAAUAUCACCCCAGGUGAUUUUAUCGCCUGAACCUUCGAUUUUUUGAAGAUAGAGAAUGUCGUCAAUGAUGGCAGAAAUCCGCGGAUGAUCCUCUGGCACACCAUUAAUCGUUGCUAGUGAGUACCUUGCAUCUUGUGUUCUUCCAACUUUCAUUAACCACCUUGGAGAUUCAGGGCAGAAGAAUAACAUCACAAUCCCGAGUACCGCGAAAAGCAUCUGAAUACCUACUGGAAGUCUCCAUGAAACCUGAUCUGUUCUUUUGCUGCAACCGUAGCCAAUCCAGUACGACACAGUGAUACCAAAUGCGACACCUUGAGGUUCUGCGGCCACCAGGCCACCUCUAUGGUUCUCGUGGCAUACUUCAGACUGAUACAUCGGUGUUGUACUUGUCUCAAAUCCUGUUCCGAGGCCAGAAAUGAAUCUUCCGAUGAAGAGUUGAACCACACUGUACGAGCUGCAUUGCAGAAUGACUCCAAUGGUCACCAAGGUGAAUCCCAGCCAGAUGGCCCGCUUUCUGCCUAACUUAUCACCGAUCCAGAUGUUUGCCAUGCUACCAAAAAAACUUCCUAGGUUGUAGAUCGCAACUAUAAUUCCGAGAUAAUUUCCUUGGGGAUGGCCAAAUUGGCUUUGAAAAACGACCUCGUUCUGCACAUUUGCUAAUGCUCCCUGUUCAAACCCAUACAGGAUAAAUGCGAACAUGCAGGUGACCGUCAAUAUAUGUUGGGUUGGCUUCCCAGGGCGGAAGAGAGGGUAAUACGAUUGAAGUUUGACCAUUUCGAGUAACUCUAUUUCCCGUCAAGGCUUGCGCUCAAUGCCAAACUCUGAGAAGUUGAUCAGGGAACCAUCCAUAUUUAUAUCUCCGCUUUCGUCCCCCACAUGCGUUUAGCCUGUCACGCAUUCUAUACUAUUCAGCCUAUUUUGGAGGAGAGGGAAGUCGAGAUAAAUUACGUCAUAUUCAUGAAUUCUGCAUGCGUGUACUUUCGUACCCCGGAAAUUUCGCCCAAAGAAGUUCGCGGUGCAGGUCUGCAUAUUUAAUAACACGAUGUGUGAUGUCAUCAGCUUGUCGAAUCUAUCUUGUCUGUUUCUGAUUCAAGGCUUGUAGAUGUUGUUGUUUGUGAUCGCAUCCCAAACGCAUCCAAAACGCCUAGAAAGGAAAUGAACUUGAGGUAACUGGACUGCCACCUCAAAGUCAUCCUUCUGAAGCCAUUCUAUCCAGAGCCCCAGACCACGAGGCUGCGGUGUCAGACCAUAGAACUAUAGAUAUGCUAAAAUUGCCAUUUUGAGAGCAAUACGUCUACCGCUAUCUCCAACUACCUAAAUCGAUGCACAGCGACAAUUGCAUUCCUUCACCCGACCCCGAAAUCUCGGUAGUUGCAUAUUACCUGAUGCACGGACAAGGUUGAAGAUUUUAGCGAUACCUACUCCGCAACAAGAUUCCCCAAUCAAAUGUUCCGCUUUACCCCGCUGAGCGCUGAUUUUCGCGUAUCUGACCUGGUUGGGGCGAAGUCUAUAGGCAGACGUUGCUGCCAAAAGGCAGGAUGUAUACAUUUAUACCGUGCAUUGCCAUUCUACAGUUGUCAAAUCGAGUAAGCCUGCCGCAUUGAACGGCAUGCAUAUCUACAAAAAUAAAGGGUUCGUUUUACAUUCCCGUGGUAGGCAUGCAACGCCGCACAGGACGUACCAAAAAUCCAGAGCAUGUGACGUGCGUAUAUAAUAUAUGACUAAUCAAUCUUUUCUAGUCAUGUGACACUGUGUCACAUGUGUAACUUACACCCUGUGACACCGAUGUGCCGUCUCAGGCGUUUUCGCAAGGUAAUUACAUUAUACUUUCAUACCGUUCUAACCAGGCACCAUAUUAAACUUGGACCGUGACGUUCUGUUGAUUCGAAACCCGUGACAUACGCAGUGCUGUGUCGCCGAACAUAAUGUCAACUAAAAAGGCCGAAGUAUACUGUGCCGAAAGUCUUGAAAUGCCUCUAUCGAAGUCUUUUUUUAAAAAUAAUUGAGGUGCCCCUUGCACCUUUCGAGAUUAAAUCACGGCUAUGUGUUAUUAUAUCUAUUUUCGUGCACCUGGCAUGGAAUAUAUCUUUCGCCAAUAACUUUUGGAAGUAUUGUCAUGGAUUAGAUGUCGUCGUGCAUGAGCUAGUACGUUUGGAUAUGCAUGGUUUAUAUAAGCACCUGCGGAAACGUCCAAUCAGAUGCCUCACUUUAGUAACACCAUGUCUAAAAUGUCGAGUUUUAUGGAGGUGUGAGGAGGGGUUGCAGGAUCCCCAGUACCACGAAGGUGUUUUUGGUAUGAUUUUACUUGAUUCAAACCUUUGUUUAGAGGCUCUCUGGAGUGUUUGAAAGCCAUCUUUGGGUAUGAAGGAUGUAACAUCGUGCAUGUAAAUAGCAUGCUGAGUUGGUUAUAUGCAGAGUUCAUGAGGGUUAAAUUCCGUUGGGUAUAAAUAUCUCGAUUCUCCUCAGUGCGUCUCAAGUCUGUGCCUAAAAUCUUAAGGUUCACGUAGUUUACACUUCUUAGAGGUCCUUAUAUCAGAACUGUUAGUCAAAUGGGUAGAAUUAGCAAGUCCAAGAAAGCCACAAAGGCCAAGACAGCUACUUCUAAACAAAAAGGACCUAUUCCAGUGACUUUGCUUUCUGGAUUCCUAGGUUCAGGGAAGACCACCCUUCUGGAGCACAUCCUUACUGCAUCCCAUGGCUACAAAAUUGCUGUCAUUAUCAAUGAUAUGUCUUCGCUGAAUAUUGAUGCGUCGCUCAUUAGAAACCAUAAGGUUCAUAAUACGGAAGAGAAGCUGGUCCAACUUCAGAAUGGUUGCAUCUGCUGCACUCUCAGGGGAGACCUUUUGAAAGGACUUACGUCUCUUGCAAAAUCGCAGGAUGUCGACUACAUUGUGAUUGAGAGUACCGGUAUCUCUGAGCCUAUGCAGGUAGCUGAAACUUUCACUACCGAAUUUACUGAAGCUCUGCUUCAAAAUGACGCCGGCAUCCCUGAAGAGAUGGUGGACAAAAAUACUGAAAAGGUCUUGAAAGAGAUCAUCGAUAUUGGGGGCCUGACCAAGCUCGCAUAUCUUGAUACUUGUGUCACAGUGAUUGAUUCCAUUAAUUUUCUAGAAAACUUUGAGACAAUCGAAUUCCUUGCUGACAGAUGGGGUGAUAACGGCCAAGGUGAAGCAGAAAGAACCAUUACAGACUUGAUGGUCGAUCAGAUCGAGUUCUGUGAUGUCAUUAUCUUGAACAAAACGAGUGGAAUUUCAAAAAAGAAAAUCGCCGACAUUGAAAAGAUUGUCCAUCAAUUGAACCCGGUGGCUAAGGUAUACAAGACCGAUUACUGCAAAAUUGACCUCAAACACAUUCUCAAUACCGGCCUGUAUGAUUUUGAAAAGGCAACUACAUCUGCAGGGUGGCUACAGAGCAUCAAGGAGAUGAGCAUCCGUGAGGGAAAAUUUGGAGACAACCAAUCUAGCAGACUGGCCCCGAAGCCUGAAACCGAGGAGUAUGGUAUCAACAACUUUGUGUACACGGCUCGGAAACCUUUCCAUCCGCAAAGACUUUAUGACCUUGUCGUCAAUAAGUUCUAUGUUAUUGAGCAGACACAGCUUGAUGAUACAAAGAACAGUGAGGACGAUGAUGAAGAUGAAGAUGACGAAGAAGAGGACGAUGAUGAGGAAGAUGAGGAGGAAGAGGAUGAGAAGACUACUAUCGAGAACAAAAAGAAUUCUGCGUUUGGUCCCCUCCUUCGUUCUAAAGGUGACUUCUGGAUCGCUUCCAGGUACAUUGUGAGAGGUGAAUGGAGUCAUGCGGGUACAAUGCUCACUUUGAAAGGAGGUAUGCCAUGGUUUGCCGUCAGCAGAGAAUUUUGGCCGGAGGACCCAAAAGCCGUCGAGAUGAUUUUGCAAGAUUUCCAGGGAGCCCACGGCGACAGACGUCAAGAAAUUGUGAUGAUUGGUCUUUCGAUUGAUAAAGAGCAAAUUACGAAAGCUCUUGACAGUGCUUUGUUGACUGAUGAGGAAAUGGAAAGAUUUGACGGCAUUGUCAAAAAUGCUAACGGUCUGCUGGACAUUGAAAAAAAGCUCAACAAAGCCUUUGAGGAUCCAUUUGAGCCAUGGUUAAUGUUAGAAAAUGAGGAAGAAGAAGAAGAAGCGGACGAGGCUGUAGUCGAAUCCAAAAUCGGCACAAAAACUGAGGAGGCUCUCGAAGAUGAAAGUGAGAAAUCUAGUGGUGAAGAUGACGCCCCAUCGGAAACUUCAAAAUCAGAAGAGAUUGACGACUCUGAGUCCUCUGGCGCAAAGAACGAAAAAGAAAAUACGAUUGUUAAGAACAUUGUGCACGACAUACAGCAUUCUCUGCACCAUCAUGGACCGGGACACAAUCAUAGCCACAGCCAUAAUCAGACUCCUCAAAAGCUCGUUGCUGUAUCAGGAAAACUAUAAACUCAGGAUUAAUAUGUGGACCCAAUGUGCAAGAAAGGACUAGCGCCUUUUGCUGACGCCACGCUUUUGUUUGAGAUUGCAGUUCACAAUCAAGCAGUGUGCGCCCAAAUUGAGGAAGAGCCUUUCGGUUUUCAGUUCACGGCAACUAAUCCAAUGAUAUAUAGCCCCUAUAAAAUUUAACCUACAAGCCCUGACUUUCAAGUUCUUUAGGUCCCAUCAAAACGUUUACGUUGCUCACAUUUUCGAGUUCAACGUUCUCCGAGAUGCCGUAAGCUUCAAAGUCAUCUUCAGCCCAAGGAAUAAUAAGGUUGAGUAUAACCCCCAACACGGCAGUCAAAGCAUAUCCAGUUUCCAUGACCAUAAUAAUUGCUUGAAGGAACCCCGUAAGAGCAUCAUUUGACCCGGAAUAUGUAAACACGUUGUCAAACCAUGUCGGAAUCAGAACAGCGGCACAUCCAGGAACUAAAGCUCCGGUUAGAAUAAAUCUAUCUCUCCUCGUAAACUUGCAAAGGCCAAUGAUACUGAGCCCAGAGGCAAACACGGAUCCAAAUAGGAAUGUAGUCAUUCCACCAAGCACUGCUUUUGGAAUUGCAACCAAUGCUGCUGCAAAUUUGGAGAAGACACCCAUUACGAUGAGGUAGAAACAGCACCAAUAUCCGACUUUUCUGUUUGCGCACUUAGUAAUGGAAAUCACUCCAUUGUUCUGAGCAAAUGUGCCCACAGGAGUGAGAGUGAAAAGACCAGACAAGACCCCACUGACACCAUCUGCAAGAAGGCAUCCCUGGAUCCGGGAUUGAAACUGCGGGCCUUCUACUUCAACUCGAGAAACAUCACAAGUUGCAGUGAUGUCUCCAAUGGCUUGUAAUGCUGAAGUGCUGUACAUUGCAAGCAUUGGGAGUACCGCUGGGCCAUAAACUUUCAGCUUGAAAGUCUUAACCCACAAGAAGUUAGCAACAGGUGCGCUUGAAAUGGAUGAAUUAUCAAAGUAAUUGCACGCAGCCGCCACAAUACAUCCAACUAGCAGUCCUAAGAUGACAGAGCAGGAUUUCAUGAUUGGCGCUCCCCACUUCUCAAAAGCGAUGAUGCUGACAUAGACAAGGAAACCAAGCCCAAUGAACUCAGCCGAACCCCAGGGCAGUGGAUGUGGUGCACUCGCACUUGGACAAUAGUCGCUCGACAUACAACCCGAUCCACCAAGCCAAUCUUUGAAUCCACUUUUCACCAAUGAUAAGCCAAUAACAACGACAACUGAGCCCGUGAUGAUGGGCGGAAAUAGUUUCUUGAUCACCUUUGGAGGUAAAAAUGAGAUAGCAAUUUCACUAAGGGCACAAACAGAUCCUGUCGCAAUAAUGGCUCCGUAACCAUCAGGACACGGAAGUUCUGCACCGCUAGCAUCAACAGGGCAAAAGCCAGAGUUAUACAUCAUUGGAAAGGCAUUGGAGGUGAUCGUGACAGUUGUAAACGAGAUACCCACCACUGAGAUAAGACCACUACCAAUAUAAUAGUUUGUCUUCCAUAUUCUUGCACGCGCAACUUGAACAGCCGUGAGAAUUCCC